AUGGAGGAGUUCGGCAAGAAGGCCCUCACCACGCUGCGAACGCUGGCCUCAGGCGACAAGUACAGACUCGAAAAAGAUGAAUUCGACCUCGACUUGACGUAUGUCACGCAUCGGGUGAUUGCGAUGGGCUUCCCCGCGGACAAGCUGGUGGAGCAGGCCUAUCGCAACCACAUCGACGAGGUCGCCGACUUCUUCGAGUGCCAUCACAGCAAUCAUUACAUGAUAUUCAACCUCACCGAGAAGCACUACGACCCCGGCAAGUUUCGCAACAGGGUGCGGUUCUACGGGUGGCCCGACCACCAUCCCCCACCGAUGAGCCUGCUCCACGACGUCGUCAAGGCCGUGCACGAGUGGCUCGAAGAGGACCGCCUCAACGUAGCGGCCAUUCACUGCAAAGCUGGCCUGGGGCGAACGGGGACAGUGAUCAGCAGCUACUUUCUCUAUGCCGGGUUCAUCACCGCACCCGAGGAAUCGAUGGAGUUCUUCGGCGCGUCGCGCUCGCAGUCUGCUCGAGGCGUCAAGGUGCCCUCGCAGCGAAGGUGUGUCAACUACCUGCAUCAAAUCCUCACACAAACCAAGUCGCUCGACGUGGUCCAUCGACCCAAGCGGCUCGUGCUAAAGCGAAUAGAGAUGAUGCCGGUGCCCGAUGUCGACAUGAUCAAGGGUGGGUUCUGGCCCGUGGUCGAGCUCGUCGACAUGCAUCGCUUCCACUCGCCAUUUUUCCUCAAGAAGGCCCACAGAAUGUAUUCAGGCAGGAAGGGUGAUUCGAGCAUCGUGAUGGACCUCAACGUGCCUAUUGCCGGGGAUGUGCUCAUUCGGGUCUACCACUUUCAGGACCUUCUGAUCGGCAAGUCGUACCCACGACUCAUCUUCAGAUAUGGCUUCCACACAUCGUUCGUGGAGGAGAACCGGUUGAUGAUCCCCAUGACCGAGCUGGACGGCGCCGGCCAUGGCCAGUUCUCGUCCGACAGCUUUCCCUCCAACUUCGUGCUCCUCAACACCUUCGCCGAAGCCACUCCCCAGCCUCAACCCGACCUCGAAGUGGGAGCACAAGGCGGUAUGGCGGCCCGGCGAAUGCCUCUAUCUCCGCCGCAUCGGCUGCUGAUUCCCGGCGCGGCGAGCCCCUAUUCGAGCGGCGGCAAACCGAGCGAGGCCGAAGCCGAAGCCGAAGACAGCGGCAGCGACGAGGAGGAGCGGGAGCUCAAGGCCGCCCUCCGCAUGGCGCGCCUGGAAGACGACCGGCACCGCAAAGAGGAGAAGCGGCGGUCGCGCCAGGCCAUCAACUUGAACCGCCGAUCACAGCAGCAGCAGCAGCAGCUGCCGCCACCGCCGUGGGACGCCUCGUUCUGCUCGCCGAUGCCGCAUCGACCUCUGCUGCUUCACCGCCCAAGCGGCCCGGCGCCAUCCGCGCAGCAGCAGAACCCACCACAUCAGCAGCCGCGCGAGCUGCCGCACAUGGUGCCGUUAUCGCAGCAGCGCCCACAGCCGGUCAACCAUCAGCCGCCACCGGCGGCGGCGGCCUACAACCCCUUCCACGGCCCUCACCAGGCCCAGGCCCCGUCGCAUCAGCCCCAGCACCAGCCGCUGCGGCCCUCCGACGCUGCGCAGAGCCGGGCGGACGGCCAGGCCUCAGCGCUGCAUCCGUUCUUCGACCAGCUGCUACCGGCGCCGGCGCCAGGCGGAGGCAGCUCGGCCACGGCCGCCGGCUCGGGUGCGGCUGCUCGGCCGCAGCCCAUUCGCAUUGCCUGCCAAUCACCCCGCAGACGCACGCCUUCGCCCUCGCCCUCGCCGGUCGACUCGUUAGCGCAGCUGAUGGCGCCAUCGCCGGCGCCCACGCUUCCCCCACCCGCGCACUCGCCGGCAGCUGCGCCGCCGCCACUGCAGCAGCCGAUGGGCGCAACUCCGCCACCACAGCAGCAGCCACCACUAUCGCAGUUCUUCGCACCACCACAGAUGAACCAGCACCCGCACCCGCACCCGCCCCACCACCAGAAUCACCCACCAGCGCCAGCGCAUGAUCUUCUCCGCUUCCCCUCCAGCCCGCACCUCGUUUCUCUCAAUUUUCCGAGCCCGGGUGCUGAGCGAAGGCAGGGCCAGGACGCCCAGCAGCAGCAGCAGCGGUAUCUGAACGAGCUCAUCGCUCCCGUACCACCGCCCGCCUGGGAUCACCCGCCACACGCCGUCAGCGUCUGGGCGCAGCGACAAAUGGAGGAGCAGAGGGAGUGGCGGCGCCUCUCCGGCGGACCGGAGCCGCCCUAUCACCGCCUCCAGGUGCCGUGCGCGCUUCCCUCGCCGUCGCCCCUAGCCGCCACCCCGCCGCACUUCCAGCCCGUGGCCUUCCCGGCCGGCGCCCAGCCCCCCGUCUUCGCCGCCGCUGCCACACCAACUGGGCCAGCACGAGGGCCGCACCACCACCAUCACCACCAGCAGCCACAGCUGCUGUCCCCUUCGGCCUACCUGCCCUCCUCUUCUCCUGGUGUUUCCCUCCACCACCACCACCACAGCUUGGGUUAG